UCGGGUUCGGGGCCGAGAGCCUCCGAAGGCCCUGCCGGAAGUGACUUUACUCCUUCUCGAACUCCCGUAACUCGGUCAAAUCUGAACAAACCACCGUGAGCUCGACGCCGCCGUGCUUUAUUUUAACCUCUAACCUGCUGUCGGGUGCGAAGUGAACCGUUGGCAAGUGGAACCUUUGCUGGGCGUUUUGUCGUUUCCGCCGGUGGGAGCAGUCGUCGGACCGAACUCUGCACUUGUUGCCACGUCGGGACGGUCGGUGAACCUGGGCAAUUCAUCUCCAAAUAAACGAGGAAUAAUUUUCUGGAGGUUCUUUUUGGUUCAUCCGCAGACAUGGUUUCUGUUAUCAACACGGUGGACACCUCCCACGAGGACAUGAUCCACGAUGCCCAGAUGGACUACUACGGGACUCGACUCGCAACCUGUUCAUCUGAUCGCACCGUAAAGAUCUUCGAUGUCAGAAACGGAGGUCAGAUACUGGUCGCCGACCUCCGAGGCCAUGAGGGUCCCGUGUGGCAGGUAGCGUGGGCCCACCCGAUGUUCGGUAACAUCCUGGCUUCCUGUUCCUACGACCGUAAAGUCAUCAUCUGGAAGGAGGAGAACGGAGCCUGGGACAAGAUGCACGAAUAUAACGGACACGAGUCGUCAGUGAACUCUGUCUGCUGGGGUCCCUACGACUUUGGUCUGAUCCUGGCCUGCGGCAGCUCAGACGGGGCCAUUUCGCUCCUCACGUUUACUGGUGAUCAGCAGUGGGACGUCAAGAAGAUCAGCAACGCGCACACUAUUGGCUGUAACGCAGUGAGCUGGGCUCCUGCCGUAGUUCCCGGCAGCCUGAUCGAUCAGCCGUCGGGACAGAAGCCGAACUACGUCAAGCGCUUCGUCUCCGGAGGCUGCGACAACCUGGUCAAACUCUGGAAAGAGGAAGACGGUCAGUGGAAGGAGGAUCAGAAGCUGGAGGCUCACAGCGAUUGGGUGAGAGACGUCGGCUGGGCUCCUUCUAUUGGUCUUCCCACCAGCACCAUCGCCAGCUGCUCCCAGGACGGGCGUGUGUUUAUCUGGACGUGUGACGACCCGGCGGGCAACACCUGGACGGCCAAACUGCUCCACAAGUUCAAUGACGUCGUUUGGCACGUCAGCUGGUCUAUCACUGGAAACAUACUGGCUGUUUCUGGGGGAGACAACAAGGUGACGCUGUGGAAGGAGUCGAUGGACGGUCAGUGGGCCUGUAUCAGCGACGUCAGCAAGGGCCAGGGCGCCGUCUCCACCAUCACAGAUACGCAGCAGAACGAGCAGUGACGCACGCACGCAAACACACACACAAACAAACAACCACAAAGACCCCUGACCCCCGACCCUACCGGGACGACCCCAGCCCUGAAUCAAGCGUUAAUAAACACACCGAACAUUUGAACUGUCAACAAAACGUUGUCCACAGCGACUGAGCUUGGUUUGUGAUCUGUUAUUUUCUAAGGCUUCAGCAAGAGUUGGACGCGUCUUGGCCCGUUUCCAAACUUUAUCAGAAGGGAGAGAAACCGUCACAGUUGAAAGACGGAGAAUUUGUGCCCAGUGUUUGGUUUCCUUUCCCCUUUUAAUGAUGUUUCUAAACACAAACGGGACUGUGGAUGAUUACCUUAACAUUUUCAUCAGAUGCACGCCGCUGUUUCUGUUUUAGUUUGAUCCCAGUUGAGUACAUUAAUGCCGGUCCAAACGACUGUAUGCCCGCCCUCCAUCCCAUCCCGUGAUGCUCUGCCCCCUGAAACAUUCCACCUCCCCCAGCGGAGAACAAAACUGCCGGGAUGAUCCCGGCGUCCUCGGCAGCAGCUGCCAGUUGACUUCCAUUAUUUGUACCUGCUGGUUAAUCCGGAGGAAAGUUCCCUUGUGCAAUUGUAAAGCAAACAUUUUUUUUUUUUGUCAUUAUAUAAAAUGUAUUCGGUGCAAAACCAGCUUCACUUCUCAGGCCGGAGACAAAUCAGAGCCAAAAAUAAUUAACUUGAUCGCCUGUUUUCUACUCGUUAAAGGCUUUUCCCCAACGCCAGAGAAUAAAUGUAAUAAAAACAGUAACAAUAAAUGAAUAAAUGGUUUAUUUAGUUAAGUACAGAUUCUUUUCAACAGGUGCCACAGGUUGGUUGAAAGGGAUCAGAAAGUCAGCAGGUGUUUGUAAAUCCCGAACCCGCCUCAAGCAGUCAGCCACUACAUUGUUCAGGCAACCAGAGGUGAAUACGUCAGUAUGUUGCCAAGACAACCAUGAAUGGUGCUUGAUUGUAGAGUUUUUUUCUUCCCGUUGUAAAAUCAGAAACCAAGGAUGUUGUUUUUUUCUUUUUUUUUUUUCCAUAUUUGAUGUAA